GGUCACGUGAGUUCCGCACGACUCUCUCCUUCAGGAAACACUCUGGAUCGAACGCAAAAGUUUAAACUUCAUGGAUGAGAAGACGCCUUUUCAGAGACUCUCAUAAAUAUUACCGCUUUACGUUUUACUAGCAAACCAACAGGAGUCAUGUUUGCCUGACCAUCACACACAUUGUUUGACUAAAUCAGAGGAAUGUUUCACACUGCGGUUAAAGUGAAAAGGCCAGGUGUCAGUUCCUCAAUAUAAAGAAAAUAGAGAACGUUGCAUCUAAAAUGAUGCAGGAGACUCCGAGAUCUUCAUCUCCAGAACCCAACUGUGUGUCUCUGAAGAGUGACAAACCACUGCAUCAUCCUCCUGAUCUCAGUGAUGAAGCAGUGACCUCUGACCCCAGCAGAGGGAGUCAGAGAGCUUCAUCUCCAGAGCCCAGCUGUGUGUUCCUGAAGAGUGACAAAUCACUGCAUCAUUCUCCUGAUCUCAGUGAUGAACCAGUGACCUCUGACCCAAUCACUGUGUAUGGAGAUGAUCAGACUGGAGACCAUGAUUCUCCUCAAUCAGUAAUUGAUGAACUACAGAGAGUCAAAGACCGACACAAAACCAGCAUGAAGAACAAGUAUGAGAGAUUAUUUGAGGGACUGAAACUCAAGGAGAAUGAAACCCUCCUGAACAGGAUCUACACACAGCUCUACAUCAUAGAGGGAGAGAGUGAAGGAGUGAAUGAAGAACAUGAGGUUUUACAGAUGGAGAAAAAAGCCAGAACACAACACUCACAAGAAACUCCAAUCUACUGCAAUGACAUCUUUAAAGCCUCACCUGAACCAGGAUAUGAGGAGAAAGACCAAAUCAAGACUGUUCUAACUAAAGGCAUCGCUGGAAUUGGAAAAACCGUCUCUGUGCAGAAGUUCAUUCUUGACUGGGCCGAGGGAAAAGACAAUCAGGAUGUAGAUUUCAUGUUUGUGCUUCCAUUUCGAGAGCUGAACUUGAUCCAAGAUCAUCAGUACAGUCUUCACAGACUUCUGCUGGACUUUCAUCCUGAACUUCAAGAUCUGGACUCAAAGAUUUAUGAGGAGAGUAAAGUUGUGUUCAUCUUUGAUGGUCUGGAUGAAAGCAGAAUCACAGAGUUUUCAGAUGAAUUUUCAGAUGCUCAGAAAGUUUCUGGUGUGAAUGAGACUUCAUCAGUGGGUGUGUUGAUGUCAAACCUCAUGAAAGGAGAUCUGCUUCCCAAUGCUCUCAUCUGGAUCACCUCCAGACCAGCAGCAGCCAAUCAGAUCCCCUCCAAAUACAUCAACCGUCUGACAGAGAUUCAGGGAUUCAAUGAGCCUCAGAAGGAGGAAUAUUUCAGGAAGAGAAUCAGUGAUGAGCAUCAAGCCAGCAGAAUCAUCUCACACAUCAGAAGAGCAAGAAGCCUCCACAUCAUGUGCCACAUACCCGUCUUCUGCUGGAUCUCAUCCACUGUGCUUCAGAAGCUCCUGAAAGAAGAUCUGAGUGCAGCAAUCCCUCAAACUCUGACAGAAAUGUACAUCCACUUCCUGCUGAUUCAGAUCAACAUGAGGAAUCAGAAGUAUGAAGAGAAAAAAACAAAAGAACUUCUCAAGUCCAAUAGAGAAGUGAUUGUGAAACUUGCUGAAGUGGCUUUCAAACAGCUGAUGAAGGGCAAUGUGAUGUUCUAUGAGGAGGACCUGAGAGAGAGUGGCAUAGAUGUCACUGACGCCUCAGUGUAUUCUGGGAUUUGCACUGAGAUCUUUAAGGAGGAAUCUUUGAUUCUUCAGAGAAAAGUCUACAGCUUCAUUCAUCUGAGUGUCCAGGAGUUUCUUGCUGCUUUCUAUGUGUUUUACUCACAUGUGGUCAAGAACAAAGAGCCACUGCAUGAAUUCAGAUAUUAUAUAUUGAAUCAAGCCUCUCUGGAUGAUCUACUAAGAUCAGCAGUAGAUGAAGCCCUCUGGUGUAAGAAUGGACACCUGGAUCUGUUUCUGCGGUUCCUGCUGGGCGUCUCACUGGAGUCCAAUCAGAGACUCUUACAGGAUCUUCUGACACACACAGAGAACAGCUCAGAGAGCAUCAGGAAAACCACACAAUACAUUAAAGGCAAGAUCAAAGAUAAAUUGAAUCGUUAUCAUCUAUCAGCCGAUACAUCCAUGAACCUGUCUCUCUGUCUGCUGGAAAUGAAAGAUCAGACUCUGUCCAGAGACAUUCAGGAGUUUGUGAAAUUAGACAAAUAUUCAGAGGAGAAACUCUCUCCUGCUCAGUGUUCAACAAUCUCCUACAUGAUUCAGAUGUCAGAGGAGGUUCUGGAUGAACUGGACGCCACGAAAUACAACACAUCAGAUGAGGGUAGAAGAAGACUGAUACCAGCUCUGAUCAACUGCAGAAAAGCUCUCCUUACUGGCUGUAAUAUCACUGGUCAGGAUUGUGAAAUUAUGACAUCAGCUCUUCAAUCCUCAAACUGUGUCCUGAGAGAGCUGGAUCUGAGUAACAAUUACCUGGAGGAUUCAGGAGUGAAGCUGCUCUCUGAUGUACUGAAGAGUCCAAACUGUCAGCUGCAGAUACUGAGGUUGUCUGGCUGUAUGAUGACAGAGGAAGGCUGUGGUUAUGUGUCUUCAGCUCUGAGUUCAAAUCCAUCACGUCUGAGAGAGAUUGAUCUGAGUAACAAUGAUCUGCAGGAUUCAGGAGUGAAUAUUUCUGAUGGACUGACAAGCCCAAACUGUCGGCUGCACACACUGAGGUUGUCUGGCUGUAUGAUGACAGAGAAAGGCUGUGGUUUUGUGUCUUCAGUUUUGAUUUCAAACCCCUCAUACCUGAGAGAACUGGAUCUGAGUAACAAUGACCUGCAGGAUUUAGGAGUGAAGAUUAUUUCUAAUGGACUGAUAAGCCCAAACUGUCAGCUGCACAUACUAAGGUUGUCUGGCUGUAUGAUGACAGAGGGAGGCUGUGGUUAUAUGUCUUCAGCUUUGAGCUCAAACCCCUCACACCUGAGAGAGCUAGACCUGAGCAGCAAUGACCUGCAGGAUUCAGGAGUGAAGAUUAUUUCUGAAGGACUGAAGAGUCCAAACUGUCAGCUGCAGAAACUGAAGUUGUCUGGCUGUAUGGUGACAGAGGAAGGCUGUGGUUUUGUGUCUUCAGCUCUGAGUUCAAACCCCUCACACCUGAGAGAGCUGGAUCUAAGCUACAAUCACCCAGGAGAUUCAGGAGUGAAGCUGCUCUCUGACAAAUUGAAGGAUUGCUCACUGCAGAUACUCAAUGUGGAUCAUUGUGGCGAGUUCAGAAUUACAGCAGGACCACAAAAAUAUGCCUGUGAUCUCACACUGGAUCCAAACACAGCAAACACUCGUCUCAUUCUGUCUGAGGAGAACAGGAAGGUGACUCGUGUGUUUCAGGAUCAGUCGUAUCCUGAUCAUCCUGAGAGAUUUGAUGUUACUCCUCAGGUUCUGUGUGGAGAGAGUCUGACUGGACGCUGUUACUGGGAGGCUGAAUGGAGCAGAGGUGCUGAAAUAUCAGUGACAUAUAAAAGAAUCAGCAGGAAAGGAGAGAGUGAAGACUGUGUGUUUGGAUACAAUGACAAAUCCUGGAGUCUGGAGUGCUCUAAUAAAAGUUUCUCUGCCCAUCACAAUAAGAACAGCACUAAGAUACCUGUAAUCAGUUCAUCCUCUAAGAGAGUAGGAGUGUAUGUGGACGUGUUGGCCGGCACUCUGUCCUUCUACAGCGUCUCUGACACACACACACUCACACACUUACACACAUUCAACACCACAUUCACUGAACCCCUCUAUGCUGGAUUUGGGGUUCAUUAUUAUAAAUCCUCAGUGUAUCUGUGUGACAUUAAACAACAUCCUUUGAGAAACGACAGUGAUACACACACAACCAGGUUCUCUGACUCCAAACCUUCUGGGCUCAAUAUUCACCCACUGCUGAACUGCCAGUCUUGUGUCCAUAUUGCUGAUUCUGAUCAGUGGGUUCAGAUUGAGCCGUCGGCCUGUACAGAUGGAGGGUCAAAGUUCAGGGUCAGCACUGACCCAGGCCGAUACGAGUGUGUCAGGACCAGAAUGCGAUGGGUCUGUGACUGUGACGUCACCCUUCAGUACUGUACUGUAGACGGACACUUCCUCAACAAAGAGCUGGAGAGGCUGCAGUGUAACCGGAUCGGUCCAGUGAUUGACGUGACGGUGAUCUCAGGGAAACUGGAGGAAGUUCAUCUGCCCCAUUACGCCUGUUUAGGAGAGUCUGACCCCUCUCUCAAAGAUGCUGUGAAAGUCCUCAGCGUAAAAGACGAAGGAAUAACCACAGAACCUGUGCAGUUGACCCGAUUCCAUGCUAAGAUUGUCCAACCAUCCUUCUCUCUUAAAACAUUAAUAAUAAGUUGGAUAAUGCAAGUAGAUGAACACUGUGAUCUUCUUCUCUACAUGCAUUCUAAAGUUCCUCUCAUUCUACAUGUCUACUUUUUCCCAUUUGAUGAUUGUGCAAAAGAAAAAGUUGAGAAGGAGGAAAAGUCAAGUUGUCCAAUCCUGCAUCCCAGACCUGACAGGCCAUUUCGGAUGAAAACGCCACACAUUCUUGACAUUUCUGGUGCCUUGACUAUCCAUCCCAAAGAAGGGAUCACACUCAGAAGAGAAACUCCUCCAAACUACUUCAAGGUCACAACACGUCUGGAGAAUGAUCUUCAAAUGACUCUUAUCAGAGAAGAGGAUAAGGAGGAGGUCUGGACUGCAACAAUUUUGAAAGAUGAACUUGAUCUGAUAAAUCCAAAGAGAGAUGAGCCAAAUUUGAAUAGCGAAGCAGUGCAGAUGAGCAGUAACACUCCCACUGGAGACAGUGUUGAUGUAACAGCUGACACGGGUGCAAGUGUAAACGCUCCUGUACUCACAAGAAACACUAUCACGGGCCCAGUACACAUCAACUACAUCUUAAACCCUGCAGUACACAAUGCGGCAACAAGGAUCAAUGAAGACUCGGCUACAGAGGACAGUAAAUCUGAAAACUGAAACCAUCAUCCGUCACAUCAGGAAAUCCAGGAGUACAUCAUGUGUCACAUCCCCAUCUUCUGCUGGAUCUCUCACUGUUCUUCAGCCUCUGCUGGCUUGAGAGACCAACAACUCUCACAGAGAUGUACACAAACUUCUUGUGUCCAGUGGCACAACACUUUUUAGAAUUAAGACAUUUGACUUUGCAGUACGUUGGUGUUGAAGAUGUUAAACUUCCUCGAUGUGGGGGUGAUAUAUAUAAAAAAAGAUUUUAAAACGUGAAGCAUAUUGGAUUUACACUUUGAAUCCAUUAUAAUCUAAUGGUCUCAAUGAAGAAUUUGAUAUUCAGCCUUUUCUUUAAUUAUGUUAUUGAUCUGUAUGUGUGGAUUUAUUGCAUUAUGUUCGUUAUGUUGUUGGUAUUUUUUUUGUUUUCUUGCAGUCAUUUUCUGAUUGAAAUUUUUUGAUUGAUUCAUAUUUUCAGGUAUUUCUUGAUAUGUAUAUGUUUGUUUUCAGCUAAUUGAUGUUUUCACUUUUAUUCUAGUUAUGUGAUUUGUUUGUUGCCCUUUUUUUUUGUCAUGUGGGAUUAUGUGAUACGGGUUUGUGUGUAUAAGGGCAUAUAUUCAUAUAUCCUCUCCCAUGGCCUCAUGGGAUAGGAAAGUGUCCAUCAUUUGCAAACUUCAGAAUCUCGCCAGAUGUAGCAGGUCAUCCGUGUACGUUUUGAUAUUGUUUUAUGAGUACUGUGAAUUCAGACACACUUCUUUUGUCUCAGUGUUUUUCACCUACUCAAUAGUAGGGAAGCAUGUGAUUUUAGAUGCAGCUCUUGUGUUCAUUGACUGAUGAAGAGCCAUUAGGCUCGAAGCAUCACCUGUGGUGAGAACAUAAAAUAAAUAUUUUUCUAUUUUUGGUGA